GUAAAGGUCACAUUUGUUUACAUCAAGAAGGUAAAAAGUUAAAUUAAAUCAAAGCAUAUAAAGCAUCUAUCAAUAAUAAAUUGAUUGAUAGAGCUCAGAUAGUGAUAGAAAUUGGAUAGAAGUAUUGGAUAGAAAAACGGCCCUAAUGACUGAAGGGGACAAAUCUGAUAUGGACCCGACCGCGUUCAGCCAAUACCUGACAGGCAUCUACCGGGGUGGAUGUGUCAUGCUAUCUGUUGCCAUUGGGCACGAGCUUGGCCUCUUUAAGGCCAUCUGUGAAGCAAAAGGACCAUUCAGUUUGGAGGACAUCGCUGGAAGACUAAAAUUCAAACCAAGAUAUACGAAGGAAUGGCUGUCGACGAUGGUAGCAGCCGGUAUUCUGCACCAAGACCGGGAUUCGCGCCUCUACACUGUGCCCGAAGGUCACAAGCCCGCACUACUAAAAGACACGGCCUAUGCACCAAUGAUUACCACUCUCAGCGCCAGAGCGGACCGCAUCAAAAAGUGUUUCCAAGAGGAUGGGCCUUUCGGCAUAAGUUACGCAGAAAGCCCUGAGUGGUUUGACUGGUUCAACGGCUACCGGAGCAACAUGGGCGAACACACGGUGAACAGCGAGAUUCUACCUAUGUGGAAGCAGCAGGCACACAUUAUUCCACGUCUAGAAAGUGGUAUCAAGGUCGUAGAUCUCGGCUGUGGGCCUGGGAAUUACACAAACAUUCUCGCCCAGCGAUUUUCCAAUUCCAGUUUCGUUGGGCUCGACUACUCGGAACCUGCUAUACAAAUGGCCAACAAAGACAAGGCCGAGCGGGGUUUAUCCAAUGUGACAUUUCAUGUGGGUGACGCGCAUAAUCUGCCGGAAGACUGGACAGAAAGCUUCGAUAUGGUGUUCGUGUACGACGUCCUACAUGACCUACCGGACCCCCACAAAGCAUUGAAACAGAUCAAUCGAAUCCUUAAACCCGAUGGGUGCUUCAGUCUUAUUGAGGUUGGUUUCCAUAGCGACCCGGUUGAUAAUGCCGGCGAUAUGUCGGCCGCCAUGUACUACAGCAACAGCACGUUCAUAUGUCUGGCGUCGAGUAUGACAGGAGAGCCAAGGGUCGGCUACGGUGCGUGCUGGGGCCGCGAGGAGAUUGAGAAGGCCGUCCUGGGAGCCGGAUUCAAAAUCAGCGGCGAGUCUUCGCUAGUCGUUAUGGGAACAAAAUGUUUUUUCUUUUGUACCAAAUGACGUAAACAACUAUAUUUGACAUAGUUAAUUGAAUUGAAAAUCGUUUUAAAAUAAAAUGUUCAUUGCA